AUGUCUCCGAACGAGCAGAUGGAUCCCUCAAACUCCGCAGACGAUGUAGAGAAAGGCAUCUCCUCCGACAUCCCUCACGAUGCGCUCGCCGCCUCCUCUUCCAAAACACCCGCGCGCGACGUCACAAUCCCCAUACUCUCUACACCUCAAAACCGAUUCUUCACCUUCACCGCACGAAUUGAAAACCUCUUCGGUCUCGAAGCUCGAGGUAUUCAUCGCGUGCUGCCCGCCGAACAAACUACCAAAACUACUCUGUCAUUUCUACAAAUCGUCGUGCUUUGGUUUUCUAUAAAUACUGCGCCGCAGAAUAUUACGUUGGCGAGUCUGGGCACGGGGGUUUAUGGGUUGGGUUUUGUGGAUGCGACGCUUUGUAGUGUUUUUGGGGCUGUGGUGGGAGCUUUGCCCGUGGCGUAUACGGCGGGUUGGGGACCGUGGAGUGGGAAUAGAACUUUGAUAUGCGCUCGAUUUACUAUGGGAUGGUGGCCGGUGAAAAUUUGUGUGAUAUUGAACUUGGUUAUCUUAUUAGGAUAUUCCAUGAUUGAUGCGGUAGUAGCUGGACAGAUGUUAUCUGCAGUCUCACCAAAUGGCAGUCUAUCUGUGGAAGUUGGAAUUGUCGUUUCAGCCGUCUUAACAUUUACGGUAACAACAUUCGGCAUCAAAAUAUUUCAUCAUUAUGAGAGAUUCGCCUGGAUUCCACAAACAUUUGUUCUUCUGAUCUUAGCCGGAACGGCUGGUCCAAAAUUCGAUAUCCAUAGUAAAUCCACAGUCGAAGGCUCAACACUCGCUGGAAAUCGUCUUUCAUUCUUCUCGAUCUGUCUCAGUGCUGCAAUUACAUACGCUCCUAUAGCAGCCGAUUUCUUCGUCUAUUGUGACCCAAAAAUUGCAUCGCGUUGGAAAUUUUUCGCAGCAACCCUACUUGGUCUUUCCCUCUCCUUUACAUUCACUUUUGUCAUAGGAGCCGGUCUUGCAUCUGGUAUCACUAAUAACCCAUCUUGGGAAGCGGCAGGAGCAGGUUCAGGUGCUCUUAUUGUAGCUGGUUUCGAAAGUCUAGGUGGUUUCGGACAAUUUUGCUCGGUUAUUGCCGCUUUGGGCUUGAUUGCCAAUAUGGUUCCUCCUACCUAUUCUUGCGGUAUCGAUUUUCAGGUCCUAGGUCGUUAUCCGGCUAUGGUUCCAAGAUUCUUAUGGAAUACGUUCGGUGUUGUCGUAUUCACCGUUUGUGCACUCGCAGGUCGUAAUGAUCUUUCUGAAAUCUUCACCAAUUUCUUAUCUUUGAUGGGAUACUGGGUCGUUCUUUGGAUCGUUAUUACAUUGGAAGAAGAAUUCAUCUUUAGACGUCAUAAAAAUCCCACGUUUGUGUGGAGUGAUUGGGAUAAACAGGAAAAAUUACCGCUAGGGAUUGCGGCGUUUGUGGCGUUUUGUGUAGGUUGGGUGGGAGCGAUUUUGUGUAUGAGUCAGUAUUAUUUUAUAGGACCGCUUGCGAAGAUGGUGGGGAGUGAGGGAGGUGAUAUGGGGAAUUAUGUGGGAUUUGCGUGGGCGGGUUUGGUGUAUCCUGGGCUUAGGUGGUGGGAAUUGAGGAGGUUUGGGAGGUAG